AUGCUCUCCGCAUUCACAGCUCGACCCAUCAUCGAGCUCAAGCAGCGCGACAAGUCAAAAAUAGAGUCCAUUCUAGCUUAUGGUGAUCGUGUCCUCGUUGGCCUCAACACUGGCUCUCUUCGCAUCUAUCGUCUAAACGACCCACCUCCACCUUCGACUACCAAGCUCGCCAAGCCCACCAACGGGAGCUCCUCUCUACUCGAUGCUCAGAUAGCGAGCCAGAGCCCGUCAGAUCUCUCUUCUACCGCCACCCCCUCUCAAGAUGACUCUCCUGUGUCCUCGUCUCAGGUGGCAGCAACUGCAGCAGCCGCCGCCGUCGUCAAGCCGACUGAUCUGCUUCGCGAGGUGGACAAGUUCUCGACGCGCACCAUUGAGCAGCUUGCCGUGAUAAAAGAAGCAAACACCCUCGUGUCCCUGUCCAACUAUGCCAUCUGUCUCCACGACCUGCAAACGUUCGAGCCUAUCGAGGCCCCCCUUCUCCGAUCAAAGAAUGCCUCGACCUUUGCUGUGACGAGCAACAUUGUCAAGGACCCGGCUACAGAUAUUCCUGAGAUCAUCUCGCGGCUCGCAGUAGCCAUAAAGCGCCGGCUGCUAUUGUGGCUAUGGCACGACAGCGAGCUCUCCCCAGACGUGACCGAGAUUGUUCUUGCCGAGGCAAUACGGACUAUUACCUGGGCUAAUGCGACCAAGGUUGUAUGCGGCAUGAAUAGCGGAUAUGUGAUCGUAGACGUUGAGACGGGCAGCGUCGAGGAAAUUGUUGGUUCGGGGGCCAUUGGUGCUGCGGCAGGCGCCCAAGGUCGCUUCGGGGCUGUCAGUACGGCCAGUAUGGGUAUGAUGGGCCUCGGCGGCUUCAUCCCGAAGCCUCUGUCGGCGAAGCUCGGGCAAGGAGAGUUAUUGCUUGCCAAAGACAUCAACACCCUGUUUAUCAAAGACACCGGAAAGGCUCUCGAAAAGCGCCAGAUCCCGUGGCACGCUGCGCCCGAGGGAAUCGGCUACAGCUACCCGUACUUGCUAGCUCUUCAGCCGCCAGCCAAGGGAAGCUUGGAAGUGCGGAACCCCGACACACUCAGUUUGCUGCAAACAAUAAGCCUCCCUGGCGCUGCGGCCCUCCAUUUCCCACCCCCAACUGUCAGCCUCGCGCAUGCUGGAAAGUAUUUUCACGUUCUGAGCGAAAGGGUUGUUUGGAAGAUGGAUGCCACAAACUACGACUCUCAGAUCGAAGAGCUGGUUAAAAGCGGAAAAUAUGACGAAGCAAUCAGCAUUCUGGGCAUGCUUGAAGAUGCAUUAGUCAAAGACAAGACGGAGACCAUGCGAGAGGUUAAGAUGCUCAAGGCUGAGCUGCUCUUUCGCCAGAAGAAGUACCGCGAGUCUAUGGAUCUCUUCAACGAGGAUGAGGUACAUGCGCCUCCAGAGAGAGUCCUGAAGCUUUUCCCCAAGAUUAUCGCUGGUGACCUAUCUGGCGUCGAAGAGGAGCAAGAGGACGAGUCUGACCACGAGGCGCCGAAUGGAAAGGCAAAUGGCGAAAAGGCACCCAAGCAAGAUGCUGCUGAAGUCUCGUCGCCUCAGAAGGGUGGAGCUUUUACCAAGUAUCUGAUGGGCCACCGCAAAGUCAACUCGGAGACAGCAUCUAUUGCCUCGUCCAAAAGAGCCCACGACUCAGAUGACUCUGCAAGUAUCAGAGGCAAGACUGCCGAGGAGCAAUCGCAGGACGACAAAGACCUCAUAGCUGCAGUGCUUGAGCUUAACAGCUAUCUAGCGGGGGCACGAGCAAGACUACAGCGGGUUAUAGACCCAGCCAACGGCAAGCUUAAGCCAAGAAAGACGCAAAGUGGCUCGACCGAAGAAGCGUUCAAGAGUCUGUUGACCCUGUCUAAGGACGAGAGUGACGGAGAGCGUGAAAGGGAACUCCAGAGCACCUUCAAACUAGUCGACACUGCCCUUUUCCGAGCAUAUAUGUACUCUCGCCCGACUCUGGCUAGCUCCCUCUUCCGCAUCCCCAACUUCUGCGAUCCAGAUGUGGUCAACGAGCGGCUGGUUGAACACAACCGCUUUAACGAGCUAGUAGACUUCUUCUACGGUAAGAAGCUCCACCGGCAAGCGCUCGACUUGCUACGCAGGUUUGGCUCGCCAGAUGAAACCGACGACAUUGCACCAACCCUGCACGGCCCGCAAAGGACAGUCAUGUAUCUGCAAGGCCUACCACCAGAGAUGAUUGAUGUUAUUCUGGAGUUCGCAGACUGGACUCUCAAAAAAGACCCCAAGCUCGGCAUGGAGGUGUUUCUCGCGGACUCGGAAAACGCCGAGACUCUGCCCAGAGACAAGGUCAUUUCGUUUCUGAGCCGUUUCGACACGGGGCUAGAGAUACAGUAUCUGGAGCACAUCAUCACAGAGUUGAAUGACAUGACUGUCAAAUUCCACGACCGCCUGGUCGAAUUGUUCAUCAAGAAACUUAUAUCAGAGGAGGCCGACAGGGGCAAGGAGUGGGAUCUCCUGAUGGAGCGGUUUGUACGGUUCCUGAAGUUGAGCGGACAGUACAAGUACAGCCUCAGCAAGGCUUUCAAUCUCAUACCCAAGGAAGACCCGCUCUUCUAUGAGGCGCAGGCUGUUAUACUCAGCAAGAUGGACCAGCAUAAACAGGCGCUGGCGAUUUAUGUCUUCAAAAUGAAGGACUUUACAAAGGCCGAAGAAUAUUGCAACCGCAUUCAUAAAGCAAAGGAUGCGCAGCCAGCGUCACCGUCACAGAUCCAUCACGGCACCUCUGAAGACCCAGACGAGGCACAGCCCUCCAUUUAUCACACAUUGCUCUCACUAUAUCUCACGCCGCCACCACCGUAUUCCCCAAAUCUUGAGCCAGCACUCGAUCUUCUCUCUAAACACGGCUCCAGACUCCCGGCAACCUCGACCCUUUCUCUCGUCCCCGACUCGCUCCCGGUUGCGGAGCUCGAGUCCUACUUCCGCGGCCGCAUGCGCAACGCCAAUAGCGUUGUGAAUGAGACGCGCGUUGUCGCCGGCCUGCGCAAGACUGGGCUGGUGACGAGCCAGGCGCUUCUGCUGCUUGGCGACGGCAUUCCAGGCGGCCAGGGCGGGCGAAAUAGGCGAGUUGUCGUCAGCGAGGAGCGCGUCUGCGGCGUCUGUCACAAGAGGUUGGGCGGAACCGUCGUCGCCGCCAUGCCGGAUAGUACGAUAGUUCACUAUGGCUGUCUGAACAGGGCCCAGUCCGGCGCCGCCGGCGGAGGGGCUCCCCUCCUAUCCUCCCAAGUCGGGGCGUGGGGCCGAAGCGCCGGGGUCGGAGCCUGA